AUUAUACAGUAGUCAUUAUGGUAUUUUCUUCUUUCAUGACUUUGCAUUAAACUAAAAGCUAUGAAACAAGUUCUUCUCCAGUAUUUGUUUCAAUACCAAUCAAAUUCUGUUAUGGUCUUAAACUUACUGAGAAUGAGAGGAAAAGUAAGCUGUUAAACUUCCUUGUACUUUAUAUGUGAUCUUAUUCUAUGUAAAGUGUAAGAUUUUGGAUCUUGGCCACCAUCUCACAGUACCAUCACCUUCACUCUUAUGUCCCAUAACAUACAUAUGUAAUAAUAGCUCUUUUCCAGCUUGGAAACUCUAAUCUAGAUGAUCUUAUUAAAGUGUUUGGGGACCACUCUAAUUCAUCUGAACGGGAAACUACAUUUUAUUCUUGCUCUUGUUUCAAGGGAAGGCUUAGUAUCACCUCAUAAAUUAUCCAAAAGAAAAAGAGGAAGAAGAAGAAGCAGCCACUUGAAUAAGAGCUUUUCAUUUAUAAGAUAUUUCGUUUCAUGGCGUUGGUCCCAUUCUCAUACUUUACUUGCCUAAAGUCCCUUCACAUUGUGGCGAAAAGAUUUCCUGCUUGUUCUGGCCAGUCAACCAGGCUUCAUCUUAUGGUCAAAACAACUACGUGAAUUGAAGAUAAAAACACAAUUGAAUGAAAGCAAACUUGGCUGAACUACGAACUUCUUUAUUAGAAUUUUGCAUCCGAUUGUUCACUAUAAUCAAGAUGUUCACGUGGGCACAACCUAUUGUAACAUAUUUUAAGUACUACAAAGAACUUGAAGAAAACAUGAGAAAUCUCAAGACCAUUUUUGAAGGUUUAUAUAUCAAAAAGGAAGAUAUAGAACAAAGAUUGCAUGCUAAGCAGAUCCCUGAACAUGAACAGGAAGCUAAGGAAUGGUUAAAAGAAAUCGAAAAAGUCAUAAGUGAAAUAUAUUCGAUUGAGCAAAAACUUGGAGAAAAGAAACAUCUCUCGCGUGUAUGUCUUGGAAAACAUGUUGAUGAAAAAACUUCAAAAGUAAAGGAACUUAUCCAUAAAGGAAGUCUGUAUGAAUCCCCUGAGAAGUUUUUCAAGUACAUCAUUCUUGGGGGCGGUGUCUCAGCCGGUUAUGCAGCAAGAGAAUUUACAAGAGAAGGACUUCAAAGAGGAGAAUUGGCUAUCAUUUCCAAAGAGCCAGUGGCACCUUAUGAGCGCCCUGCCCUUAGCAAGGCUUACUUGUCUCCAAAAAGUCCCUCAAGGCUUCCUGGUUUUCAUGUUUGUGUGGGAAGUGGAGGACAGAGAUUGCUUCCUGAGUGGUAUAGAGAAAAUGGGAUCUCAUUGUUCCUCAACACGGAAAUAGUUAAUGCAGAUCUGUCUUUGAAAGCUCUCACCACAUCAAGUGGAACAAUCUUCAAGUAUGAGACUCUGGUCAUUGCUACCGGUUCAACAACAAUGAAGUUAACAGAUUUCGGUGUAGAAGAAACAGAUGCAAAAAACAUCUUCUACUUGAGAGAAAUCGGUGAUGCUGAAAAGUUAGUAGAAGGUAUUAGAUCAACGAGAAAGGGAAAAGCAGUCAUUGUUGGAGGAGGAUACAUUGGCCUUGAAGUUGGAGCAGCCUUGAGAAUCAACAACUUAGAUGUCACCAUGGUUUAUCCAGAAGCAUGGUGUAUGCGUAGGCUUUUCACAUCAGAGAUAGCAACUUUCUACGAGAGUUACUAUACCAACAAAGGAAUCAAAAUCGUAAAGGGUACUUCAGCAAUCGGGUUCAAUGCAAAGUCAAGCAAUGGAGAGGUCAAAGGAGUGAGACUGAAGGAUGGUAAGGUUUUGCAGGCUGAUAUUGUUGUAGUCGGCAUUGGCGGAAGGCCUCUUACUUCAUUGUUCAAAGGACAGGUUGAAGAAGACAAAGGAGGAAUUAAGACAGAUGAAUUUUUCAGAACAAGCUUUUUUGAUGUGUAUGCUAUUGGAGAUGUAGCUACUUUCCCCAUGAAAAUGUACAAUGAGAUGAGGAGAGUUGAGCAUGUUGACCAUGCCAGAAAGUCAGCUGAGCAAGCUGUGAAAGCCAUUAAAGCUAGUGAACGUGGGGUGUCCAUUGAAGAGUAUGACUACCUUCCUUUCUUCUAUUCAAGGGUGUUUGAUCUGUCAUGGAAGUUUUAUGGAGAUAAUGUUGGUGAAACUGUGCUUUUUGGGGACCCUGAUCCUUUAUCUAAAGAACCCAAGUUUGGAUCCUACUGGAUUCAAAGUGGAAAAGUUAAGGGAGCUUUCUUGGAGGGAGGGAGUAAUGAAGAAAAUGAGGCUAUUGCCAAAGUUGCAAGGCUCCAACCUACAGUAGUGGAUAUGGAAGAACUAUCCAAGGAAGGUCUCUCCUAUGCUUUAAAAAUAUAGUAAAAGUUCAAUUUUAUAAGAUUAAUAGUGUGGAUUUGGUUUCUAUAAAAUUGAUGACUCCAGCUUCCUUACCUUGUUCUUUGUUUAUUUUAAAGUAUUGCGUGUGUGUGUGUUUUUCCUUUUUCAAGCUUGGAAAUCAUUUCAUUCAUUUGAUUUGUUUGUAUAUUUGUUUUGAAAAUGAGUAGUGUGUUUGCAGUUGACAAUA